AGCCUCAACUUGGAAACCCUUCCACUUCAUCAAAAUGUCACAAACUCCAGAAUACGUCAUCCUCGGUGCUGGUGUCAUUGGCCUCACCACAGCUCUCGAGCUCUCCACCCGUUACCCCAACUCAAACAUCAUAAUCAUAGCCAAACACCUCCCAGGCGACAGGUCAGUUGACUAUUGCUCGCCCUGGGCUGGAGCCAAUUGGUUGAGCGUUGCAACGGACGGUGGGAGACAGGAGGGCUGGGACCGCGUCACGUAUGAGAAGUUCGGAGAACUAGCUGAUGGAAAAGGAAACGAGACGGGGAUCAACAAGGUGCCGGUUAGAGCCUGGUUUGAUCGGGACAUGGAAGAUGCGGGCGUUUUGAGCGUGGAGGGAGAAGGUAGGGGGAAGAUUUGGUAUGAGAGCUUGACGGGUUUGAGGUUUGUGGAGGAGGAGAAGCCGGAGGGAAGUGUGUUUGGGUUUGAGUGUGGGAGUUUUGUGGUUGAUGUGCAGAAGUAUUUGCCUUGGUUGCAAGGAGAAGUGCUGAAAAGGGGGAUUGAGAUCCUUCGUGCCAGUAUCGAUGAUAUUCAGGAGGUGUUUGAUAGGUUCUCCAGUGUGGCGAGCGUGUUCAACUGUACAGGAUUGGGAUCGUACAAUCUGAAGGGUGUGGAAGACAGACUUCUGUAUCCAACAAGGGGUCAGGUGAUGCUGGUCGAGAACCCAAUAACUCCGAUGACGAGAAUGUAUUUUCGCUCCCCUCAGCGAGUGAACAAGGAUACCACAUACGUAUUUCCUCGAAACCCUGGGGGAGGAGUCAUACUCGGUGGCUGCAGAGUCGACAAUGAUUGGAGCGGAGAGGUCAAUAUGGAAUUUGCAGAAGACAUCAAGAGGAGAUGCUGUGCUCUGGCACCGGAAUUGGGACGGCCGGAGGAUUUGAAAGUGAUUCAACACGGAGUUGGACUUAGACCAAGCCGAAAAGGAGGCGCGCGAAUCGAGAGAGUAAUUAUGGGAGGAGCAGUGGUAAUCCACAACUAUGGGGCGGGAGGGGCAGGGUUUCAGGCUUCAUGGGGAAUGGCCAAGAAUGCCGUGGAUUUGCUCCAGGAAGACUCGAAGCUAUGAUCAAGUUCGAAUUUCAGAGUUGACAUGCCCGAAUAUUAUCUUCCACUCGAAAUUAAUGGCUUUCAGUGUAAGAAAAACUUAGGCCACUGAUAAAGCCUGCCAAUAGCCGCGCUAAUAUGGGGAGCACCACGUGAAUUAUCCCUCUCUGGUGAUAUCUCACUUUACCCUCGUUUAAAUGCCUCCAAUUUUAAGUAUUGGC